UCCUGGGAGAAGUUGAUCCGUGGGGUCUGUGGUUCCUGCAUAUCUCAAAGGAAGCUGGGCAGAAGCUGCAGUCAAGGUUCUGGGCCUGCAUACCAGGAUCUCACUAUUGUUUGUGAGGAAGAGAAGAACUCAGCAGAAAUGUCGGUGUUGUCUGUCUUCUUGUUCCUGAUCCAUGGCUUGCAUGGCCAUCUCUCAUGCCCUCACAGGUGUGAGUGCCCACCAGGAAAUGGCGUGGUAUGGUGCAAUUGGAGAAAUCUGAUGGUUAUUCCUUUUGACAUUCCUCAUGACACUCGUGUAUUGUAUCUAGACUCCAACUGGAUCGUCCACAUAUCCAGUGGGGCCUUCUAUGGCCUGAAACUGCUCCAUGAACUUCACCUUGCAGACAAUCUCAUUGAGAGCAUUGCUCCAGGGGCCUUCCAUGGCUUGGGUGGUGCACUGAGGCUCUUGGACCUUUCAGGAAACAAGCUACAAAGAAUAGAUGCUGCUCCCUUUGUCAUGCUGACCUGGGUUAAGCUAGAACUUUAUGACAAUCCCUGGCAUUGUGAUUGCUCACUGCAGGAGCUGAUGAGAGCUCUUUCCUUGGGUGUGGGGACGGCAGAGGACAUUGUGUGCACCACUGCAACCUGGAAGGAGUAUGUUGGGAAGACUUUGGCCCAUUUGCUCAGUAGUGGGGUCAACUUCUGUGUCACUCAGCAGAAGAACACUGACUUUGUGAUGUUGUUCACUAUGUUUGUCUGGUUUGCUGUAGUUAUCACUUAUGUCAUCUAUUAUAUCAGGCGCAACCAAGCUGAAUCCCGGCGUCACUUGGAGUACCUCAAAUCCCUGCCAGUUCCCAGCAACAAACUCCAUCCUGAGGACGAAGACAAUUCAUUCAGCACGAUCCUCUGAGAAGACGUGACACAUAGCACUUGCUGGGGCUACACAACAGUACUGCUUUGGAAGCAGAUUUAAUCUGUGUUAGUUUGUCCUUCUAAAGAAACCUAGGUUUAAAGCUCGGGCCUAAGCAAGGCAUUUUGCUGCCUGGGACAAGAACCAGUGCUGCUCCCCAGCCCCCCCAUUCCAGUGGAGAAACCAGCCGUGGACUCGUCCACUUUGGCAGAUGAACCAGAGCCUCCAUCAGACCUAAGGAGAGCUAUUUAACUUAGGAGGUAGAGGGCAAGCUACACAGAAACCAGCGCCAUGUCCUCCUUGCCCUUACUCUCCUUCCACAUAUACUGCCUGGAGCAGCCACCUCAAAAUGCUCAAUGAUAGGGCUGGCUCUGACCUCUGUGCUACCUUCUGAGAGGCCAUUGGUCAGGACAUAUCCAACCACACCCUCUCCUGCAUUAACCCCAAACCCUCAAAGCUGGAUCCAACUCAAGCA